ACACAUGUCACUCUGGCUGUAAACCAACACUCACUUCCCAGAAAUGAGUACUGGGCGGAGAUCUCGUUCCUGAAGCUGGAAAGUGAAACUGGGAAAACCAUUUAGAAUGCGUGAUGCUGCUUGUAGCUGGAAGGUUAACAUUAUCAAAGUUUGCAUCUAAAUUUCACCCAAAGUUGCACCAACCCUGACUGAGAAUUUGACUGAAGCCCAAAGCGGUUAAACCCAAAGCAAACGAAGAUGGCACCAGAAUUAAACUUGUCUCCACCAACCAAAUUUCUGCUGGUACCCGGUGAGCCGCAGGAGCCUUGGAAUGACUGGAUAAAAUAUUUUGAGUUGUACAUAAGAGGCUCGCCAGAGGAAGAGAAGAUAGCACUGUUAAACAUUUACCUUGGGAAGGAGGGAGUGCGCAUCUUAAAUACUUUGACAACGAUUGAAACAUAUGCAGCAAUGAUUGAUGCCCUCAAUGCUUACUUCAGCAAUGCUCAGGAGCCUCGGGACUGUCAGGAGCCUCAGGACUGUCAGGAGCCUCAGGACUGUCAGGAGCCUCAGGACUGUCAGGAGCCUCAGGACUGUCAGGAGCCUCAGGACCCGGAUGAUUCACAAAGAAUCAAACAGAACAGAAAAAGGAUGAUCAUUACAGGAGCAGCAGCAACAAUGGGUGCAGCUGCAGCAGUGGUGGGGGCACCAGUAGCCCUGGGAGUGGCAGGUUUGACUACUGUUGGGGUUGCUGCUGGAGCAACUGCAGGGGGUGCCGCAAUAGGAACAGGUACAAUUGCUGCAGCAGCAACAGCAACAGUGGGAGCAGUUGCGGCAGUGGCAAUGGCACCAGUUGUCCUAGGAGCGAUAGGAUUCACUGCUGGUGGGAUUGCUGCUGGAUCAUAUGCAGCAAGCAUGAUGUCUGCAGCGGCCGUGGUUAAUGGAGGUGGGGUAGCAGCAGGGGGUCUUGUUGCUGCUCUACAGACGGCAGGUGCUGCAGGGCUUUCAGGAGUGGGUACAGCGGCGGUGGGAGGUGCUGGAGCUGCGAUUAGUGGAGCCUUGGGAUGGGUGGCUGCAGGAGCAGGGUUCUCAGGAGCAGCAGCAGCUACUACAGCAGCUACGGCAGGUGCUGCAGGGCUCUCUGCAACUGCUACAGCAGCCGCGGGAGGUGUUGGAGCAGCAGUUGGGGGAACAGCAGGAUGGCUGGCCUCAAGGACAAGGACACCUGAAAAGGAGGAAGGAAAAGAGACAGAAGCAACCACAGCAGCUGCUGCAGGAGGUGCUGCAGGGCUUUCAGGAGAGUCUACAGAGGCUGUGGGAGGUGUUAGAGCAGCAGUUGUUGGAGCGUCUGAAGGGGAGGGAGGAGUCGAGGAGAGAGAGCUUUCAGGAACGACUACAGCAGCUGCAGAAGGUGCUGCAGGGCUUUCAGGAGAGGCUACAGAGGCUGUGGGAGGUGUUAGAGCAGCAGUUGGUGGAGCGGCAGGAUGGCUGUUCUCAAGAAUCAGGACGUCUAAAAAGGAGGGAGGAGAGUAAAGAGGGAAGAGAGGAUGAGAAGAGAUCCCGGAAGAGGGCCUUUAAAAAAAAAAAAACGUAUUGAUACUGCAACAUUCAUGAAAGUGUUUUGAAUGAUUUCAUAAUGGUGUUAUGAGUGCAUGUGUAUCCCCCCUUUGGUGUUGCCAAACAUACAUAUAUAUCCACUCAACAUGUGGUUAGAGCGUUGGGCCAGUAACCAAGCGGUUGCUGGAUCGAAUCCCCAAGCUGACAAGGUAAAAAGAAGUCGUUCUGCCCGUGAGCAAGGUAGUUAAUCCAGUUCCCCGGGUGCCGAAGACGUGGAUGUUGAUUUAGGCAGCCCCCCUGCACCUCUCUGAUUCAGAGGGGUUGGGUUAAAAGCGGAAGACACAUUUCAGUUGAAGGUAUUCAGUUGUACAACCUACUAGGUAUCCCCCUUUCCCCUUUACAAACAGACGCAUGCACAUCCACUCAGAGGAACACAUAGGCAUGUGACACACAUACUUUCAAAAUAAAACUCUAUUGUAUACUGGAAAA